AUGCCAGGAGACUCAUACUUUCCACCUACCUCUAGCUGGCAAGACAAAGUCCAUAGACUAUUAGAAGUCCGACCUUCGGCUGAGGUAACCAAAGGGAGUAGCUUGCGCGUAACAUGGCUUGCACAGAACUUCUCGCACCUCCUUGAAGGUGUUCAUGAUGCCACCGUUGACAGAUACGCUAGGGCGUAUCUCUUUUGUCUGAUUGGUGCUGUCUUGUUCUCCGACAAGACUGGCAACCGGGUACAACUAUUGUAUUUGACGUUGCUUGAUGCGCCAUGGGAGGUCAUCUCCGGGUACAGUUGGGGUUUUUCGGCAGCCCUAGCGUAUCUGUACAGGAGACUUUGUGAAGCUUCACGGAAGAACGUAAAGAAGAUCGCUGGGCCCCUGAUUAUUCUGCAGCUUUGGGCGUGGGAGCAUGUUCUCAUAGGUCAAUCGAUGAGGAGUGCGGGACGUGGUGCAUUUGCGCCACCAGUGCUUCCUCCCCCGCAUGUGCCAUAUGGAUCGCGGUGGUCCUUUGAAAGACGAACAAGGACCCACACUGGAUCGGGCGUGGGGUUCUACCGCGAUCAACUCGAUCUACUACGAGUUGACCAGGGCAUCCCGCCGCCAUGUGACACAGAGGCGGAGCUCCACCACUCUCGCAAGGGUCGGGAUCCCAAGAACUGGCUGGAGGUCAAUUGGCGCCAUGUCGCUCGUUGGGAGCACAGGCACAAGGCAUUGCAUUAG